GACUUUGGAGUUAACAAAGGUGGUUGCGGAAGUGGUAACAAUGCUGGUUGCAAAGGUACCGAGAGGGGAGGACAUGGUGCUUAUGGAUUAGGUAUUAGCAAUGGAAAUAGUAAUGAAGGUUCAAAUGGAAAUCUUGAAGAUUUCAAUAAUGAAAAUAAUGAUUGUCAAAUGAGUCCUGAAGGUUGUCCGGCCCCUUAUAGUCUCACGCAAGGCACGAACAGCAUUGAGAGUUUGAAUGAAGAAAAUAGUUUACCACCUCCACCUCCACCUCCACCUCCACUCCCUUUACUCGAAACAGAUCUGAGUGGUACGCACACACAACAGAAAAUCGCACCAGUGGUAUCAAAAUUAAAACAGCAUGAGCAACACGAAGAAAUCAAGCUAAUGCAACAACCCUCACCACUUGCAUUCUCUUCAGCUUUGAUGCCCCUCGGUGAUGGGCAGUUAUGGAAGGGCCAUCAGUUCAUUCGUGCUUCACAACCGAUCCAUCCACUUCCUCUUAACAUGUUUUCAUUCUUUGCUUGA